UAAGCAGAUGGCGAGCACACAUAUGCAUGAGCCAGCGACAGGCAUUUUUGUGCCCGUUUAAUGUGGCGCCAAAUGGAGGAGUCGUGCUUGCGCACAAGCAACUGUCCCAUGAGCUGUUCGUUACUGCCAUCCAACCACAUCUUUCAAUUUUUUUUUCUCUUUCUCAGUCUUCUCUUUCCUUUUCAAUUCAUCUGUGGAAUUUUCCCCCCUUCUUAUAUAAGAAGCAAAUAAGUUACCAGACUCGUACCAAAUCCCCCCUUAAAACUUUCCAGUUGUAAUUACGACCCUUGUGUUUCAUUUAUUGUUUUAGUGAAUUUUUGUUGUACUAAGCUAGCACAUCAUUAUUCACUGACAUGUCUACUAGAAGAUUAAGACAACCUAAGCCACCAGUCUAAAGUCAAGGUUGUGAGAGUUGUGAUCUAUCCAAACCCAAUAAUUACAGUGUAAAAAUGGGUUAUGCAAAUAAAUAUUUCAGUCAAUACAACAAUAAUAUAUAUAAAAAGAAAGCUAUAAUUACAGAAUAAAGUAGUGAAAAUAUCAUAUGGAAGUUUCGCUUUCUGGUCAUUUAUUCCAGGCAAUGGCAAUUGCCUUCUCCCUGUAUCAUCAUCGUUAUUCUUCUUAAUUCUUAAUUAUUAUCUUCUUUUGGUCUCCUGUUUCAUUACACAAUUUUCAUCUUUGAAAUUUUCACUUUUCUUCUUCUCCUUUCAGACUCUCGCUCCUGUUUCUGUUCAUUAACCAAGAUCCUCUGCCUCUCCGCUUACCACUUCGUUUCUUGGUAAUUCUGUGUCCAAGAAACAGGUUUUUACUUGGUGUUUCAACACUUUCUUCUUGAGAUGCAUUUGGGUUGUUGCCAUUUCUCUCAAAGGUUGUAAAAGUGCGUGGUAUUGAUAUUAAUUGGAUUAAAUCAUUUUGGUUUUGGCUUUAAUGGGUUGAAGCAGAUGCAUUGCUGAGGAAAUGACAGGUUUUUGGUAGACCAUUUUACCUUGCAUGGGAGGAUUUUUUCAUUUUUUUGACUUCAAUCAGGGCCGCAUGGCUAGGAAAAUUCUUGCACGUAAGCGACAUGUUGAUGGAUUAGAAGCUCCUCGAAAUAGCUUGGAGCUGCAGGUGGAAACUUCUGAGAGCUGUUGUGUAGCAGGGGAUAUACUGGUUGAAGAAGACUGGUCUGAAAAGAGCUGUUAUCCAAAUGAGGCUUCAAUGAAGAGGUUGAUUAAUGAGGAAAUUUCCAAACAAUCUAACACCAGGAAAAAUGCACCAAGCAUUGUGGCCCGGCUGAUGGGUGUGGACAUGUUACCAUUAGAUGCGGCAUCUGUAGUUCAGCCAGUUAAUAAAAAGAAAGGAGGCAUGGUAACAAAGCACCUGAAAAGGGAGAAAAAUGAAUGGAGCUCAGUUGAUCAUAUCUCUUCCAAUUCAAAUUCUUCCAGGCAUAUGGAAUUUGAUUCACUUUACCCUAGUAAAGGUAGAGAUGUUGACAGAUGGAGUAAUGGCCAGAAGUUUGGAAAACCAAGGUCUCGAGAACAUCCUCAAGAUGAGGAACUACAGAAGUUCAAAAAAGAAUUUGAAGCAUGGCAAGCAGCCAGGUUUGAGGAAUGUUCAAAGGUUGCAGAGCUUGGCAGCAAUCCUGGUCCGUUGCUUGCUCAGGAAAACACCAACAAGCAGAAAAUGGUACUCAAUGCAAAUUCUGUAAUGUCAACAAGUAAAAAGCCUAUAGAAUAUAAGGGUCCUGCAUUAAAAGCAAGGUCACGGGAAAAAGUUAAUUGGCAUCAUAGACAUAGGCUGGAACGCUUUCCAGCUGAACAGAAGGAAUCCUUUUCUUCAAGAAACAGAAGCACAAAUAGAAACUAUGAGCACUCCUUGAUAAAUUAUGAGCAGAAAAUGGAUAAAUCUUCUGCUCCCACAAGGAUAGUGAUCUUGAAGCCUGGUCCUGAUAGAAUUUGUGACCUUGAAGAGUCUUGGACUAGUUCCUCCAGUACUUUAGAGGACAGAGGUAGUAUAGGAGAUUUCCUAGAGGAGGUAAAGGAAAGGCUGAAAUGUGAACUGCAAGGGAAAUCACUUAAAAGGGGUUCUGUAGUUAGAGGAAGAGGAAUUGAGACCCCUUUUAGUGAAAAGCCAUCAGAUCCAAAACAAAUUGCUCGGCAUAUAGCAAAGCAUGUCAGAGAAAGUGUUACACAGGACCUUGGAAUGAAUCUGCUCCGAUCAGAAUCAACACGAUCAUAUAGAAGUGAGAUUCAGUUCAAUGGACUAGGUUCUCCUGAGUUCAUCAACAGGGAUACCAGGAGAUUCUUGUCAGAGAGACUGAGGAAUGUUCUCAAGAGAGAAACACAUUCUCUGGAUGUUCCUUUAGUUGUUAGUGGCAGCUCUGGGUCAUCUCUUUUAGAUAAUGAGAAAAUCAGGCUAGAAGAAUUAGGAGAUAACUCACAAGCUGGAAUUUUGCCGAGCUACUGGGAAAUUGUGAAAGAUGACCAAGAAAUGCAAACUAGAUCUUUCAGGCAUGGAGAUGAUGAUGGAGUGCUUCAUAGAGAAUUGUCUCCUAGGAACCUAAUUAGGUCUUUAUCGGCUCCUGCAUCAGGAACAUCAUUUGGUAAGCUUCUUCUUGAGGACCGCCACAUUUUAACUGGUGCUCAUAUCAGGAGGAAGCAUGAAUCUCUUGAAAAUGUGACAAUGGAGUUGAAAAAACUGAAGAAAGAAAGAUUUAACAUCAAAGAAAAAGUUUCUAACUUCAGGUACAGUUUAUCUCUUAGGGGAAGGCUAUUUGGGAAAAAGCUUCAAUCAAUGGUGGAAUCACAAGGUUCUGAACAGGAUUAUGUAAAGGAUAUCAUGAGCGGACCAACGGUUAUUAGGAAUUUUGGUGAAAAACAUGUUAUGGAGAACUCAACUGAGGUGCCUCCAAGCCCUGCAUCUGUGUGCAGCAGUGGUCAAGAAGAGUUCUGGAGGCCAUUGGAUUAUCUUAGCCCAGUAUCAACAUCUGAUGUCACUCCCAGGGAAGAUAGUGCAAUGCCACAGGUUUUUAAAGAGAUCAGCUCUAAUCUGAAUGAGUUGAGGAGGCAACUAAGUCGACUCGAGUCAAAUGAGCCAGAAGACUCGACAAUUGAACAGGAGCCUAGUGAGUUCAUAGCGGUUGAUUUGGAGGAUAAGCUAGAAGCAUACAUAAGGAAUUUGCUUGUUGCUUCCGGAUUGUAUGAUGGAUCAUGUGAUAAAUGUUUUUCAAGAUGGGAUCCACUUGCAAAGCCUAUCACUAACUCAGUGUUCGAAAAAGUUGAAGAAUCUCGUAAAAAUUUGGCCAGGGAUAAUCAAAAUAGUAAUAGAGAUGACAAUGAGAAGGAGGUAAAUCACAAAAUGUUAUAUGACUUAUUGAAUGAAGCACUUUCAACGGUACUUGGACCUCCUGUGACCUUGUCUAGAUUCAGAAGAAAGAUUAUAAGUUCCUCCACGCUGCCACCUCUACGAGGAAGGAAACUAUUGGAUUGUGUAUGGGAGAUGAUCCGCAUGUAUUUAUAUCCCCCAGAUGACAAAUCCUACCACUCACUAGAUGGUUUGGUGGCCAGGAAUGUGGGAUCCACUCCUUGGUCCGGCUUGAUCGACGACGAGGUAAAUGCAUUGGGAAGACAGAUGGAAUGUCUGAUCGUGGGAGAUCUAAUAGAGGAAAUGGUGAACGAUAUUCAUUUGUAAUUGUGGUUGAAUUAGUAAAUUUUUCUCACUGGCCAUUUUUAUGAUCAGCAGGUCGCUUGUUAGACAUAAUAGACUGAAAGCAAUGAAAUUAUUUGGUGAGUGGGAGUAAAUAUGGAGGCAAGUGUAGGAAUGAUUGACAUGGCUAUAUCCUAAACUUGGGAAUUGCCAGGUUUUCUUGCUCUAUAGGUGAUUGCCGGAUUAGAAAA